ACCCUUCUUCUAUCGUGCGUGUAAUAAGUUCCUCUAACACACUCACUCCUUUUCAAAGAGAGAAGAAGAGAGAUCUAUACACAAAAAUGGCACUCAGAGCAGCCAUACUCCGCCAUGUUCGCGUGCCACUCCAAGCUUCACCUAAAUUGCAACCAUGGAAUGGUUCCAUUCGCUCCAUGUCUUCACACGACGAUCAUCUCACCAAAGAAGAGGUCGUCGAUCGAGUUCUCUCUGUUGUCAAAGAUUUCCCCAAAGUCGAUCCAUCCAAGGUGACUCCAGAAGUGCAUUUCCAGAAAGAUUUGGGUUUGGAUAGCUUGGACAAUGUCGAAAUCGUAAUGGCACUAGAAGAGGAGUUCAAGCUGGAAAUCCCAGACAAGGAAGCUGAUAAAAUUGACUCUUGUCAUCUCGCUAUCGAGUAUAUUUCUAACCACCCCAUGGCUGGCUAAAAUCAACCAAAGUGUCUUUUUCCAACUUGUUUUCGUGUUGAACUUAACAUCAGUGCAAUACUUACCUUCCCCUUACUUCUUUCACCGGAUGUUUCUAGAAUCUUGUUUCUCUUGUUAUCUUUGCAUUUACCCUUUCAAAUUAAAGUGAAAGAGGUUGGUUGUUGAAAAUAAUAUGAAUUGCUCUGAAAGAAGUUUGUUAGUGAAGAACAAAUACUGUAUUUUUUAAGGGCUUUAAUUUCAACUGUGAUGUUUUUUUAA